UGCCUGCGAGGGCGUGAAGGGCUGGCCGCGCUGCUCAUCCUCGGAGUAGAGGGAGUGCGGGCUGGCUGGGGGCUUCUUCUGUGCCCAGACCCUACCUCCAACCCCGGUCUAACUGCCCCUCCUUUUCUGCCUCUUUCCCCAGACCGGGGUUCUGAAGGUGUGACCGCGUCCUAAUUCAGGAAAGGGGGAAAGCUUCCUGGGGCCCCGAAAUGCAACUCUACUUUUGUGGGCACGAAGGAGGGUGGUGAGAAACUUCGGGGUGCCCAGAUGGCAGAUAAGGCCGGAUGGAUCAAGAAGAGUAGUGGGGGCCUCCUGGGACUUUGGAAAGAUCGAUAUCUCCUGCUCUGCAAGACACAGCUUCUAGUCUACGAGAACGAGGAUGAGCAGAGCUGCAUAGAGACUGUAGAACUGGGCAGCUAUGAGAAGUGUCAAGACUAUCGAGCUUUCUUAAAGAAGAAGCAUAGGUUUAUUUUGCUUCGAUCUCCUGGGAACAAGGUUCAUGACAUCAAAUUCCAGGCUCAGAAUGGGGAGGAGAAGGAAUCCUGGAUCAAAGCCCUCAAUGAAGGCAUCAACAAAGGCAAGAAUAAAGCCUUUGAUGAGGUUAAGGUGGACAAGAGCUGUGCCCUGGAACACGUGACCCGGGAUCGGGUGAGAGGGGGACAGCGCCGCCGGCCACCCACAAGAAUCCACCUGAAAGAGGUGGCCAGUGCUGCGUCCGAUGGACUGUCGAGGCUGGACCUUGAUGUGCCAGACAGCGAGCCCCCCUCCUUCACUCCCAGCAACAAUAUCAACGACCCGUCCCCUACCGAGAUACCUCGACCGCCCAUGCCUCCAACCAAACCCGCCCAGGACCCAGAGAAGCCAAAUGUGGAUGGGAGUGCUGAAAAGUCAGGGGCAGAGGAGAGCCCCCCAGCUCCCACGGCUGAAACCGCCCAGGACCACCCUGAGCACCAGGGCGCGGCCGAAGCCCCCGAGGAGGGCCUGGGAACUUCAGCCCUCCAGGAGGGGGGCAGUAAAGAGAAUCUGAUGGAAGGAAACAGGGGCUCAGAAAAGCCUCCUGAGCCACCUCCGAAGGUCCAGCUUGACAAACUGAAAGUAAGCUGGGAAAAUCCCAGCCCAGAGCCCCCUACCCCUGCUGGCAAAGAUUCAGAGCAACCCACCGGUUCAGAGACUGCCGCUUCCAAGGAGGGGGGGAAACCCCCAACCCCUCCACCAAAGAUCCUGUCUGAGAAAUUGAAAGCAUCUCUGAAGGGCCUUGAGACUCCCAGUCAAGACCAGUGUCAGGGCUCACAGGCUGCCAAGGCUCCGGAUCCCGAUCCAGGUCAUUCCCAAGUUUCAGUGAAUGGCGUGGCUGACAGUCCCAAUGGAGCUGAGCCCAGUCUGGAGGCAAGUCUGCAGAGAGCCGGGGAGGAGAGAGCUGACCCGAAAAGUCCCCCGAAGGAGGACCAGGGGCGGCUGACCUCUGCAGAGCCCAGCCCGACUUCCUUGGAGAGCAAGGGGGCCCAGGAGGGCUCGGGAGCGACCCUCCAGGAUGGAUCCCCCACACUGCCAUCGCUCCAGCCCCGAUGUGCCUCCCUUGGGAACCUGCUGACCGAGAGUGACAAGGGUCAGGGCCUGCCCCUGGACAGGUGCCAGCUGGUCAAGAUAGAGAAGAAGGUGACCUUUGAAAAGGAAAAGACUGAGCAGCUCUUGAGCCAGGUUCUAGGCAGAGAGCUGGAGCAUGCUCAGGAGGGAAAUGGACCCCCUGUCAAUGCCGAGACGUUGCUCAACCAGGCAGUAGAGCAGCUGAGGCAAGCGACUCAAGUCUUGCAAGAGAUUAAGGUUUUGGAACUGAACAAGGAACCAUCAACCACUCUGACAGAGAAGCAGAAAGAAAAGCAGAAGGACUUGGUGACUCUGUAUAGAAGAAGUGCUCCCUAGGGCAUGCUUAAGCACUUUUUUCCCUUUUUUUUUUUUCCCUUUUAUGGUCUCCCUCAAAAUUUUUAUUCACCAAUGCUGUUGCUGGGCCAGCAGAUAGUCCUAAGUCUGGGCUUGGCCCUACCCCUCGUCCAGUCACUUUCUUAGCAAUGUCCCCUUUCCUCUUCUCCUGAAUGCUCUCUUUCUAGUGAAGUCUUCUCUUCGUUGACGUGGCACAGAAAGUUACCACUGCAGAAGGAUGACAACCUGUCAAUCACGUGUCUCCAUCUUGCAGCCCUGCAGGGUCUCCAUCUAACCCCAAACAGCUGGACACGGCCAGAAUGCCUCAGGGUGCUCUGCUCAGACACAGGGAAGGGGAUCCUUCUGGGGGGGGGCCGUGAACAUCCAGGCUCAUCUCUGCUGUGUCCCCUCACCUUCUGGCCGUCUGCAUGGUCAUCUGAAGAUAAAAUCAGGCUGGGUGGAGGAUCAGUCAGGAGAGGAAAGCAAAAAAGAACAGUAGCCCCCUCUAGCUGGUCUGGAAAUUCUGCUCCCCCUCCUCUCAGUGGGGAGUUGUCUGAUGGGGCCCGACCUUACAUCCAUGGCUGGGGUCUAGGGCUGGGGCUUUCCCAACACGGUCUAGGCUAGGAUUAUUGAUCACUAGCCUAAGAGAGCUGUUAAGUCUGGAACAAUUUAGCCAGAAUUCAUCAGGGAUUAAUGGUCCCUGUAGACUACACAGGUGUAUUUCUUGGGAUGUGAUUCCCUCUGCCCUUGUCCUGAUAUCCUACAUGGGCAGUGUAGAGAGAUAUGAAUGACAAUAAUGUCUGCUACCCACUCAGGGAGAAAAGUCAUGGCUGCCUUUGACUGUUCUUAAUGUCUCAAUAUUUGUCUUAGCCACUUUGAUUUAGCUUUGGGUCCAUUAUUAGUCAUAGGUCCUGAAGGGGUUGGGAAGCGUGCAAGAGUUUACAUUCUGAGCUUCAGGACACAUCAUCAUCACUUUGUUGUGUCCUUUGGGAAAAGGGAGAUUGGGUGCAACUUCACUUCCAAAUGCUCAAGGAUUUCCUAGGUGGACCAUCUACUUAUGCUUAGCAAAAAAGAGUUUGAGUCUUUCUACUUUUUGAUUCCUAAAACUCGAACAGUUGAGCUGAGACCCUUUCACAGGCUGGGAAUUGCUGCUGCAGAAUAAGAGAUGAGGAGGAAGAGUGUGGGUUGCCCUUCGGGGACCAAUUAACCAUGGAGUGCUGAGCCAUCACAGGUUUCCAUGGUUCUCUUUGGAAGGGCUCUCAAGGGUUUAUCUGGUUCAUCCCCCUACUUUGGUGCAGGAUGGUGAUCCAGGUUGUCCAACUUCUUAAAUUCUUGUGUUAGUUUCAAUUCUGGACACUCCAACAAAAGAACCUUUUUUUAUUUUUAUUUUUUUAAGACUGCAAAAUAAACUCACUUCCAGGAGGAUCAUAAUUUUUGUCCUCCUUGAGUGACAUUUACAUUUAUGCCAUUUAUACACUUAGUCUCCUCCCUUCACCUGGAUUGGUUCAGUAGACAUCAGGAUGUCAGUCAGGCCAUUUCUUGUAAAUGACCACAAACAUUCCUUUGAGUAGUGUUAGUUCUAGCAAUUGAAUGGAUGGAAUUUGUCCUGGGAAUGAGUAAUUCCUCUCGGUCCCACCAGUGGAUAACCGGGCCAGGCCCUGCCAGGAAAGGGAUCUUUAGUGAUUUCCACCAAGGUCAUUGUGUAAGAUCUGGGAUAGAGUUGGGCCUUGUGAUUUGUGUCCCAUCCAUCUUUCUCCCUCCUAAUCCCUCACCUACUUUCCCACUGGGAUGGAAACUUGGAUAAUUCAGUGGGAAAAAGAAGAACCGGUGAAGUGAUAGGAAUUCCAUCUCCCUCACCUUUCUCUCCCCAGCCUCAAAACUGUCUAUUCUUCCAGGGUUUGGAGGCACCGGGAGGGGUGAGGAGGUGGAGGGGAGAUGUCCCAGUCAGCUUGCCGUGUGUGUCACUACGGAUUAUUCACUGUCUCUCUCCCUUCACCAACUGAGACCAGACUCUGCAUGUUCAGAAGCGGUUCUUGGUAUCAAUCAGCUGCUGCCCCGGAACAGCCUGGGUCUCAACAUCCCCAGGUGUAUGCAACCAGUAGUUACCUGUUAUAGCCACAGACUGCCUGCUUGGGGGCUUAUCCCGUUCUGGAAAUUUCACAAAAGGCCCUCCAAAGUCUGUGCUGGGUUCAUAAAUUUUCCAGAAAAAAAAAUUUUUUUUUGCAUGAGCACUUUUUGUUUAGUGAAGGAUUAAAAAAAGAACGCAGCCACAGACCUUCCUAAUAAUGCAGCACCUGGCGCAGUGCCUUGCACAGAGUGGUCAUUUAACAUUGAAAUGGGCUGGCCUUUGUCGAGCACUGGCAUUGGCUACAGCAGAAAUUAGCAAUGCAAGUUGAUGCCUUAUUUACUGAAAUUUUAUCUUGUAAUGCAAGAUAUGGCCAUGAGUAAGUUGGCUUUUCUCCAAAGUGGUGCUGGAGUUAUGGGGUUUAAUUGGACUCAUUCAUAGAAUUCUGCUUCCGAGAGGAAUGUGGGAACCUGUUUGCCGACAGUUGUUAGUUCCCUCUAAAUUUGAGGUGCAGACCUCAGGUCUUUGUAACACUCAGGGCUGAGUGGGAAUGGGAGAGGGGAUGGAUCUCCUAUUCCUGGAAGUCACUGUAGGGCCUCCAGUCACUGGGAAGUGACAGUAAGUGGGGCUCAGAGAGAAAAGGAUGGGGGUCUCCAGGAGGUGGGUUCCUGGGGGAGGCACAGGCCUAUGUUUUUUGUAAUUAAGAGCCAAUGUGUACAUUAUACAAAGGAUUCCCACCGUCUUCUUUUUCCCCAUGGAGACGUCCUUCCCGACCUCUGCCUCUCUAGGGGGGCUAUGCUUCUAAAAACAGAAUCAUUGGUCUCCAUUGAUCUGUUGGGUAUCAGCUCCACAUAUAGUGCUCUCCUUUCUUAAUGAAAGAGGUCCUGGAAAGGGGUGAGGCGAUAACAAAUGUGAAUGAUGGGGAGGAGGAGGAGAACUAGCAUCCAACGACUUUUGCUUCUAGAGCACAACUUAAUUUUUGAGAGUUGGCAAUAAAACCCCUUUUUAAGUAUG